AUGACAGAACGAGAUCCUCCUCGAAAGAGGCUAGUUGUUGUCGGCCUGGGCAUGGUGGGCAUUUCCUUCAUAGAAAAAAUUCUGAAAUACGAUACAAAGGAGAGAGAGUACGACAUCACCGUCCUCGGCGAGGAGCCGUACCUAGCAUACAACCGCGUCGGACUCACCAGCUUCUUCAACCACCGCGAGAUCCCUAACCUCUACCUCAACCCACAAGAAUGGUAUGAAACUACCGCAAAGAAAGGCCUUGCAUGCCACAUCAGCACCAAAGUCGUCGACAUCGACACAGAUUCCAAGACGGUCCACUGCGAAACUGGCCACAGCGUGCCCUAUGAUAUCUUGGUCCUUGCCACUGGCUCCAAUGCCGUACUUCCGCGGCGCACACCUGGCCAUGAUGCCAACGGUGUCUUCGUCUACCGCACCAUUGACGACCUGGUUCGGCUGAUCGCCUUUGCUAAGGACAAGGGCGAGACGGACGGCGUAGUUGUGGGCGGCGGCCUGCUCGGCCUCGAAGCCGCCAAUGCCAUGAUGGAUCUGGAAGUGUACCGCAAGGUCCGUCUCGUCGAACGGAACAAGUGGGUGCUGAGCCGCCAGCUGGACGCCGACGCCGGCGACAUGGUCGUGGAGCAGAUUCGCCAGCUCGGCCUAGAUGUGAUGCUAAGCAAACGCGUACAGCGCAUCCAGGUCGACGCCUCGAACAACGUCCAGGGCGUAGUGUUUGAGGACGGCGAGGAGCUCUCCUGUAGCACCGUGUGCUUUGCGAUUGGUAUCAGCCCGCGGGACGAACUCGCGCGCAACGCUGGCAUCGAUUGUGCCGAAUUUGGAGGCAUCGCCGUCGACGACAGCCUGUGCACCAGUGCACCAGGCGUCUACGCUGUUGGCGAGUGCGCGAGUUGGCGCAAAACCACGUACGGCCUCAUCGCACCCGGCGUGGAAAUGGCCGACGUACUGGCCUUCAACCUGACACAGGCAGCCCUGCACGCGCCGCGCGUCUUCAAGCGUCCCGACGUGAGUACCAAGCUCAAGCUUCUCGGCGUUGACGUGGCAAGCUUUGGAGAUUUCUUUGCCGACCGCGACGGGCCAAAGUAUCUACCUCCGAAAUACAUCCGCGACAUCAAGGCUGCAAAAGGCGACGGGGCUGCCCUUACGGCGGCGGACAAGCAGGCCAAGAUGCUCACGUAUAAGGACCCCUUCCAAAACGUGUACAAGAAGUACAUUUUUACAGCCGAUGGCAAGUACUUGCUCGGUGGCAUGAUGAUUGGUGACACGAGCGACUACAUCAAGGUCGUGCCGCUGGUCAAGAACAUGAAAGAGCUCGAUGUCUCACCCGCCGAGUUCAUCAUUGGCAACAAAAAGGGCGACGACGAGAAUGGGGAUGACUUGGACGACGACACGCAAAUCUGCUCCUGCCACAACGUCACCAAAGGCGACGUUGUCCAACAAGUAAAGAGCGGCGAGUGCAAAGACAUUGCUUCCGUCAAGGCCUGCACAAAAGCUGGUACUGGAUGUGGAGGGUGCAUGCCGCUCGUGACGCGCAUCUUUAACAAGACCCUGACCUCGAUGGGCAAGGAAGUGACCAACUAUCUCUGCGAGCAUUUCAACUACUCCCGCACCGACCUCUUCAACAUCAUCAUGGUCAAGAAGCACAAGACAUUUUCCCAAGUAUUCGCCGACGCCGGCAACAAAGGCAGCACUGCUACCACCUCCCACAGCGUGGGAUGCGAGCUGUGCAAACCUGCCGUAGCGAGCAUCUUUGCUUCGCUCUGGAACAAGCACGUCCUCAGCGCGUCCAACCGCGGCUUGCAGGACACAAAUGACCGGUACCUUGGCAACAUCCAGCGCGAUGGCACCUACUCGGUCGUCCCACGCAUACCUGGCGGCGAGAUCACGCCCGCAAAGCUGCUCGCCAUCGGCCGUGUUGCUGAGGCGUAUGGUCUUUACACGAAGAUCACCGGCGGCCAGCGCAUCGACCUCUUUGGCGCGCGCAAGCAGGACCUCCCCGCCAUCUGGGCCGCGCUCGGCGCCGCAGGGCUCGAGUCGGGGCACGCGUACGCCAAGUCGCUGCGAACCGUCAAGAGUUGCGUCGGCUCGACGUGGUGCCGCUUCGGCAUCGGCGACUCGGUCGGACUGGCCGUGCGUCUGGAGGAGCGGUACAAGAGCAUCCGUGCUCCGCACAAGAUCAAGGGAGGUGUCAGCGGCUGCGUGCGUGAAUGCGCAGAGGCCCAAAGCAAAGACUUUGGUCUGAUUGCCACAGAGAAGGGUUUCAACGUCUUCGUCGGCGGCAACGGCGGCGCAAACCCUAAGCACGCCAUACUGCUGGCCAAGGACGUGCCGCCAGCCGACGUCGUCGCCCUCCUCGACCGAUAUCUCAUGUUGUAUAUCCGUACCGCCGACAAGCUGCAACGGACGGCGCCAUGGCUUGAGGCCUUGCCUGGUGGCAUCAACUACCUCCAAGACGUCAUAGUGCGUGACAAGCUGGGCAUCUGCGCGAGCCUCGAGGCACAGAUGAAGGAGCUCGUCGACAGCUACUUUGACGAGUGGGCCGAUGCCAUCGCCGACCCGGCCAUUGCCGCCCGCUUCACGCAGUUCGACAAUGCCCCUGAGGCGGCGCUCCCUAGCAUGGAGCAGCAGUCGGAUCGCAGCCAGAGCCACCCGGUACACUGGACGACCGAGCCCGCCGCCGAGGACUUUAAGGCAUUGGGCACGCAGUCUGGAAAGGAAAAUGGUGACGCCACCUGGUCCAGCACCGCCUGGGAGCCUGUCAUUUCCGCCUCGCACUUUGACGGCGCCGACGAGCUUCCCAACGGCAUCUCCGCCACCAUCAAGCGUGGCGACACACAGCUUGCCGUGUGGCGCGUCCGUGGGCGUUACUACGCCACGCAGCAAAUGUGUCCGCAUAAGCGCGCUUUUAUCCUCUCCGACGGCCUCAUCGGACAAUCGUCCUCGACCGGCACCGUCUCCGUCGCCGACGAAAGCGGAGCUGCCCCGGCACCCUGGGUCUCGUGUCCGCACCACAAGCGGAACUUUGACCUGUCCUCAGGCUCGUGCCGCAACGACUCCUCCCUGUCGAUUGCCACGUUCGCCGUCGAGGAGCGUGCCGACGGCCAGGUACACCUGCUGCUGCCGCCUGUGGAGGAGCUCGACGCCCGGCUGGGCACGAGUACGUGGAGGGUGAAGAAGGGAGAGAGCGGCGAGGAGCCCCUGGCAGCGCUCGACCGCAAGUACAAGCUCGUCGGGCGCAGGGGCAGAAGGCCGGGCUCUGCCGUUGCGCCCAUGGCGGCGCCGACACCGUUGAUCACGGCUGGCGGAGGAGGCGGGUGCGGCGCGGCGCCAGACUGGUAG